AUGUUCCUCCUGCUAAUUUUGAGCCUGGGAAUGAAGCUUCAUCACACAGCAGCUUUAUUCACAGUGACAGUCCCAAAGGAAACCUACAUGGUAGACCACGGCAGCAAUGUGACUUUGGAGUGUGAUUUUGACACGGGAGGUCACGUGGAACUCAGAGACUUAAAAGCCAAUUUGCAAAAGGUGGAAAAUAAUACAAUCUUGCUCAGUGAAAAAGUCACUUUGCUGGAGGAGCAGCUGCCCCUGGGGAAGGCCUUGUUCCACAUCCCCCAGGUCCACGUGAGGGAUGCAGGGCAGUAUCGCUGCUUCAUCAUCUAUGGGACCGCCUGGGACUACAAGUACCUGACUCUGAAAGUCAAAGCUUCCUACAAGAAAAUAAAGACUCGCAACCUCAAGGUCCCAGGAACAGAUGAGAUAGAGCUCACAUGCCAGGGUGAAGGUUAUCCCCUGGCAGAAGUGUCCUGGCCGAACAUCAGCGUUCCUGCCAACACCAGCUAUACCAAGACAUCUGAAGGCCUCUACCAGGUCACUAGUGUUCUGCGCCUAAAGCCACACCCUGGUAGAAAUUUCAGCUGUGUGUUCUGGAAUGCCAACAUGAAGGAAUUUACUUUAGCCAUCAUCGUCCCAGGUGAUAUGGAAACCCACAAGACCCCUGCAUCUUCACUGCUCCGUGUUUUCAUCCCCUCCUUCAUCAUUGCUUUAAUGUUCAUAGCCACAAUGAUACUCCUAAGAAAACAGCUCUGCCAGAAGUUUUAUCCUGGAAAAGAUACAGCAAAGAGAUCUGUCAUUACAGUAAGGAGGGAAGUGAACAGAGCU